AUGAACUCCGAAGGCUCAUCUCGUCGACUUUGCAUUCUUGUUAGAAAAACAAGAAAUGAGGAGUAUGGCUGUAUUGUGAUCACCGUGCAUAACGAGCACCAAAUUUCAUCAAUUGACCCAGAGGGGACCGCCUGGAAAAGUGGACUGAGAAAUGGGAAUGUAAUUGUGGCUGUCAAUGGAGUCAAUGUUCUCAAUGAAUCAUCCGAAAAGGUCCAUCAACUAAUCAACGCCGAUUCCUUCAAAUGCUCUCUCCUUGUAACCGAUUCGAAUUCACUUGGACGCGAAGAAGCCUUAUCCAAAUCGCCCUACAUGCUAGCUUCCAAUAAUAAUGGUCUUGAAGUGAUUGGAAAUCUUGUAGACAAACUCUUUUCGACAUCCGCUUCAAGGAGUUACUCUCGGGUCACUGAAAAUGAGAAUCUUCUCCUUGACGUGGACACAAUU